AUGUCCAUUGGUCAAGGAGUUGAUGCUAAAGAAUUAACUAAGGAGCGUAGUGAAAAAGAGAACUUGGAACUUCAAGGGAAAGAAAAGGAGUUGAAGCAAGAAUCACAACAAGAGGAGGAAGUUGAGAUCAUUGAUGAAGGUAUAACAAUUGUGUAUCAUGACGGAGGUAGUUUUGUUACCAAACCAAAUGGCAGUUUGGUUUAUGACAAUGAUCACACUAAUGAGUUGACUGGAAAGGAUGAGGAUGUAUUAGAUGUAUUUUUACUGAGAGACUACUACAAAGUCCUAGGUUAUGAUAACAUGGUUAAGUAUUGGUGGCUUAUUCCUGGUAGACCUAUAAAGAGUGGACUGCGAGUACUAAGUCAUGACAAAGAGCCAGUAGAGAUGUGCUUCUAUGCAAAGAACAAUGGGAGAACAGAGAUACCCCAACCAAAACCAGCACCUAAACCCACACCUAAGCCCAGGCCAGCAACUAAGGAGAAACCUAAGUCCAAACCUGCACCUAAGAAAACACCUAAGCCCAUACCCAAACCAGGACCUAAGCCCAAGUCCACAUCCAAACCAGCACCUCAACCCAAUCCCACAUUAAAUACAACUAAGUCCACAUCCAAGUCCAGGCCCAAACCCAAUCCAACACCUAAAUCAGCAUCCAAGCCCAAUCCAACACCUAAAUCAGCCCCCAAAUCUAAAGUCACUUCAUCCAAAUCAAUACAUACUGCAACAAGAUCCUCUGAUAGACUAAAAGAAAGAGUAGUAGGACAAAAACAAGAUACUGGCAACAAGAAAACCUAUAUAAGCCUCGAUGAUAGCAAUAGUAGUGACAGUGACUCACAUGACUCGUAUGAAUCUGCAGAAGAUAGCCUAUACAAGCCUGGACCACAAGACAGUUCUAUUGAAUCAAAUAUUGAAGGUGGUCUUUCGGCAGCUAGGUUGAGGGAAUUUAAGUUGAAGCAUGCUCCAGGUGCUGUCUGGAAGAAGCACAAGGAAAAAAUAGUAGAGAAAGAUGACAAUCUGGUUGUGGAGAAUUCUGAUGAAGAAGUAGAUUGGGUGCAAGUGCUGGGCAACAGAGAAAAUAACCAAGAAUCUUAUGAUGCAUAUGAUCCAAUUCACGAUGAUUCUGAUGGAAACGACUCUUGGAGGUCUGAAAAAUUGAAAAACCCCCAAACUCAUAUGAGGAGUGGAGUGAUGAUGAUGAUGCUGAUGAUGUGCACCCAAUCUUCUCCGAGGGUGGCCGAUUCGGUGAACUAA